GCUAUGGGGUCAAGGGAGAACAAAGAGAGACAUCAAGAGACUUCUGAUGUGGACUUUGGCGAUAUACAAAUGCAAAAGGAGCUCGGAAAUGCAGCAUUUACGACUUCGAACAAAGCAGUGUGGAGAAAUAAAACAAUUGUGGUUAAAAACUAUACAAUUUCCAAUUUGUCGGCUGCUACUCGUAAAAAUGAGUAUUCGAAACUUUUGAAAAUGAAUCAUGAGAAUGUAUUAAUGUUUUAUGGUGUCUCAGCUUUAUUUAAUGAUAAGCCUUCCUUACUAAUGGAGUAUGCGGAGUGUGGAUCACUGCACGAACAAAUUCACGGCAAGGGUAUAAAGAACUAUUCCACAAGGGAUGCCCUCAAUUGGAUGUACCAGUGUGCGAAGGGCCUUGAAUUUUUACAUUCACUGCGUAUUUUUCAUUUCAAUAUUAAGCCACGAAACUUGUUCCUUUUCAAUAACCAUCGACAAUUGAAGGUCGGUGAAUUGGGAAAUCAUCCUGGGAUACUAAAGAAGUGUAAAUCUCGUCCCUAUAUGCCCCCAGAGCGAUAUUAUGACUUAAAUAACGGGGAGAAAUAUGAUGUAUACAGUUUUGGAAUGGUACUCUGGGAAGUAAUAACACGCAAAAAACAUGUCUAUAAGCUAUUCGGAAGAGAUUCAGGCUACCAAGCACCAUUUACAGAUUUUACCGAAGACUUAGCCCCGAUAAGAUGGCUAAUUGAAUGUUGUCGUGAUCGUGAUCCGGUAAAUAGACCCACUAUGAAAAGUCUUGCAACAAGUAUCGCAUUGGAAAUAGAGGAUAUAAAUCUUGGCGAGAUAAUGGGACAUGGAGCCUACGGUGUUGUCUAUAAAUCUCAAUUAUUCGAUGUUCCAUGUGCGGUAAAAGAAGUCUUUGUAGCAGAUGACGAUACCAAGAAAAAUAUUGAAAGAGAAGUGAAAUAUCUAUCCCGAGCUACCCAUAAAAAUAUUGUCAAGCUGUUUGGUAGCAAGCUUAGCAAGGAUUCCAAGACAUUGAUUGUAAUGGAGUUUGCAGACUGUGGAACACUUUAUGAUUACGUUCAUAAAGAGGAAGAACAAAAGCGGAAUGAAUAUUCCGAUUCGACUGCUCUCAGUUGGAUUCGCCAAUUAGCCGAGGGCCUUCAAUAUUUACAUGCCAUGAAGCCGAAGCCAAUUAUCCAUCGAGAUAUUAAAACCAAAAACUUGUUACUUACCGACAAUUAUCGAGUAUUGAAGAUCGCAGAUUUUGGUACAGUUAGAGAACAGGCUACUUUGAUGACAAAACAAUUUGUUGGGACAGCCGAAUAUAUGGCACCUGAGGCAUCCUUGAAAUACAAGUAUUCGGAGAAAAGUGAUGUCUAUAGCUUCGGGAUCGUUUUUUGGGAGGUGAUGUCACGAAAAAAGCCCUUUUACCACUUGCAAAAUCUGCCUCCAGUCGCCAUAAUGCAUAAAGUCACUAAAGGUGAACGGCCUCCCAUCGAGGAUACAAAGGAUCUCAAGAAUGUAAGAACUCUGAUCAUAAAUUGUUGGAAUAAUAACCCAGAAGAUCGGACGUGUAUGAAACAUUUAUUGUGUAAAUUACCCGAGGCAACAGAAUAGAUUAAUUCUCAAUUAUCAUGAACAAAACCAUGAGCGAAAAUUGAGAAUAUUAACUGUUUUAAAAUUACAUUUUUCCUUUUAUCAUAUUUAAAAACUGCUUAUACCCAUUUUUUACUUCUACUCGUAUACUUUUUCUGAAUGCUAAAAAAUAUAUUUGUAAUUCUGUAAUA